AUGCUGAAAAAACUUUUCCUCUACCCUUACAUUAAUAUAGACAUAUGUGUUACAGUGGUGGUAUUGAAUGUCCACUUUCGUUCACCGCAAACACAUAAAAUGGCGCCCUGGGUAAAGCGGGUAUUUAUCCACAUUUUACCACGAUUACUAGUGAUGCGAAGGCCGCAAUAUAAAUUUGAGCCAAGUCGAUUUUCUUCCGGACGAGUUGUCAACAUGAGACCUGUUAGAGGAAAAGAAAAAGCAAGUUAUUAUCCUUAUCAUCCUUCGAGUCAAGAAGACAGUGAAGAACAUUUAACACCCAAGAGAUUUUCUAGCAGACAUGUUUCUAAAGAGGAUCUUUCACCCUCCAGCCUGGCAGAACAAGCAAGAUUUGGAGGAAGCUGUCUGAUCCACGGUCCAAUACCGCCGCUUCCUUUAAACGCCGAGUGCGAGGAUUUACCGGGUGUAGCUGGGAUUGAAGAUAUCAAAAGUCCAGUUCUUAGAAAUUCUUCAACAUUUUCCCACUCAUGUUGCCCACCUGAGAUUCAUAGAUCCUGCAUCUGCGUUCGUUUUAUUGCUGAGCACACUAAAAUGCUCGAAGAUUCUACCAAGGUAAAAGAAGACUGGAAGUACGUGGCGAUGGUACUGGACAGGUUAUUCUUGUGGAUUUUCACUCUGGCUGUUUUGGUGGGAACAGCUGGAAUUAUUUUGCAAGCGCCGACUCUCUACGAUGACAGAGUUCCUAUUGAUAAGAAAUUUAGCGAAUAUGCCAAAGACACUGUCGUCAGGUGUCCUCCUCAAUAG